CCCUUCGGCUCCCGCUCCCCCGGGAGCGGCGGCGGCGGCGGGAUGGCCCGGGCCCGCGGCCAGGCCCCCGGGAGCGGCGGGCGGCGGCGGCCGCGGCGGGGCGGCGCGGGAACCGGGCCCCGGGGGGAAUCGGCCGGGCUGCUGCUGCUGCUGCUCCAGGUGCUGCCGCCCGGGGCUGCGGCAGGGCCGGGGCGCCGGGGCACGCGGGGCGCUGGCGGCGGCGGCGUCUGCUGGCCCGGCGCUGCCCCUGCCUUUCCCCGGGACGCGCGGCUGCUGCUGCUCCUGCCGCCGCUGCCGCCACUGUCGCCGCCGCCGCCGCCGCCGAGCUCCGCGCCCGCAGCCUCCGCCUCCCGGAUGGUAAUCAGCGCCCCGCGCCGGCGCCGCGGGCGGGCGGGAGGUGGGGGCGGCGAGGGGGAAAGGGCGGGCAGCCCCGCGCCCCCGCCUUGCCCGAGGCAGUUCCCGGGGCGCUCGGGCCCCCCCUCCGACGACCGCGGCCCUGGGCAGCCGCCAGAGCGCGCCUCUGGGGCGCCUCCGCGCGGACCGGUGCGGGCUCCGCUCCCCGCCCUCCCCGCCCCGCUCGCAGUCCGCCCGCCAGUGCUCAGGCCGCGGGGGAAUCCCUCCAUCUCCCCGCCCCGCGCCCCGGGAGGGGAGGGGACAGCGCCGGCGCCCGCGGACCCGCUUUCUCCGAGGGAGCGCCCAGGAGGCGAGCGCGCACUGAGCCACCCCGACUUGGCGUUGCGCUCCUGGAGGCGCCUGGUGCCGUCGGGUCGGGCUGAGCUGCGACGCCAGCAGCCUCGGCGGGACCGGAUCCCGGGCGGUGGGGGCGCCCUCCGACUGCGCGCCCUUAUGUUCCCUGCGCAGGACGCUCUGCCCCGCGGCGGGCUGAACCUGAAGGAGGAGCCGCUGCUGCCCGCCGGCCUGGGCUCCGUGCGCUCCUGGAUGCAGGGCGCGGGCAUCCUGGACGCCAGCACCGCGGCGCAGAGUGGCGUGGGCCUGGCACGGGCACACUUUGAGAAGCAGCCCCCCUCCAACCUCAGGAAAUCCAACUUCUUCCACUUCGUGCUGGCCAUGUACGACCGGCAGGGGCAGCCCGUGGAGGUGGAGCGCACGGCCUUCAUCGACUUCGUGGAGAAGGACCGAGAGCCUGGGGCCGAAAAGACCAACAACGGUAUCCACUACCGCCUCCGGCUUGUGUACAACAGCGGACUUCGGACGGAGCAAGACCUGUAUGUGCGGCUCAUCGACUCCAUGUCCAAGCAGGCCAUCAUCUACGAGGGGCAGGACAAGAACCCCGAAAUGUGCCGAGUGCUGCUCACCCAUGAGAUCAUGUGCAGCCGGUGCUGUGACCGGAAGAGCUGUGGUAACCGGAAUGAGACGCCCUCAGACCCCGUCAUUAUUGACAGAUUCUUCCUCAAGUUCUUCCUCAAAUGCAACCAGAACUGCCUGAAGAAUGCCGGGAAUCCCCGUGACAUGCGGCGCUUCCAGGUGGUGGUGUCCACGACGGUGAGCGUGGACGGACACGUGCUGGCCGUGUCCGACAACAUGUUUGUGCACAACAACUCCAAGCAUGGCCGCAGGGCGCGCCGCCUGGACCCCUCCGAAGCUGCUACCCCCUGCAUCAAGGCCAUCAGCCCCGGGGAGGGCUGGACCACGGGCGGCGCUACCGUCAUUGUCAUCGGCGACAACUUCUUCGACGGGUUGCAGGUCGUGUUUGGAAACGUGCUCGUGUGGAGCGAGCUAAUCACGCCCCACGCCAUCCGGGUGCAGACGCCCCCGCGGCACAUCCCCGGGGUGGUGGAAGUGACCCUCUCCUACAAGUCCAAGCAAUUUUGCAAGGGAGCCCCCGGCCGCUUUGUCUACACAGCCUUGAACGAGCCUACCAUCGACUACGGAUUCCAGAGGCUACAGAAAGUCAUUCCCAGACACCCCGGAGACCCCGAGAGGCUGCCCAAGGAGGUGCUGCUGAAGCGGGCGGCCGACCUGGCGGAGGCGCUGUACGGAGUGCCCAGCAGUAACCAGGAGCUCCUCCUGAAGCGCGCGGCGGACGUGGCCGAGGCUCUGUACAGCGCCCCCCGGGCGCCCGCGCCGCUCGGACCCCUGGCCCCGAGCCACCCGCACCCCGCCGUCGUGGGCAUCAACGCCUUCAGCAGCCCGCUGGCCAUCGCCGUCGGGGACGCCACGCCGGGACCCGAGCCGGGCUACGCGCGCAGCUGCAGCAGCGCGUCCCCCCGCGGGUUCGCGCCCAGCCCGGGCUCGCAGCAGAGCAGCUACGGCAGUGGCCUCGGAGCUGGCCUCGGCGGCUACGGAGCGCCAGGAGUGGCCGGCCUCGGCGUGCCUGGGUCCCCCAGCUUCCUCAAUGGCUCCACGGCCACCUCGCCCUUCGCCAUCAUGCCCUCUAGCCCCCCGCUGGCGGCCGCCUCCUCCAUGUCCCUUCCGGCCACGGCCCCCAGCACCAGCGUCUUCUCCUUCUCGCCUGUCAACAUGAUCUCCGCCGUCAAACAGAGGAGCGCCUUCGCCCCCGUGCUGCGCCCACCCAGCUCCCCACCCCAGGCCUGCCCCAGAGCCCACGGAGAGGGGCUUCCAGACCAGCCUUUUGAGGACUCUGACAAGUUCCACUCUCCAGCCCGGGGGCUUCAGGGCCUGGCGUACUCCUAAUGAUGGUCUGUAGGUGUUGCCCACACAGAGCGCGGACUGGAGGUCCCUCCGGGAUCCACACCCACACCCUGGAUGGCGGCACAGACAGAGGCAGGGCCAGGGCUGCGGGCACACCUCAACCCACCGGCUGAACGGGGAGAGGCCUUCGUCCUCGCACUCAAGCCUCCCCCACCACCCCCACAGGCUCCCCUCGCCUCCCUUUCUUGGGGCUCUCGGAAGCUCCAGCACUGUGCAGAUGCUCGCCCCAGGGGGGUGCUGGGAUGCCGGGCCUCACUUGCUGGGUCUUGGUUCCUCUGAAGGAGAUGGAUCUUGUGCAGACCCGGGAUGUCGGGUGAGGAGAGCAUGGGAUGGGGACUGUGGGAAAGAGGACAGCUCAGGGAGAAGUGACCUGGAAAGGUCCUGUGUGCAUCUGACCCAUCUCAGCUGGCCCAGCAUCCCACCUCCUCUCCAGCGCAAAGGGCAGUGCCCGGCGGUCGCGGGAGGCCUGCCCGGGCUCCCAUGGAGCCUCCAUAGCCGCUCUGCGCCUCGCUGCCCCCGCUUCCGUGGAGACCUGAGCACUCAUGCUUGCCGCAUCAUGCCUCCCUGUGGGGGCCUCAGGCAUGGAGGAGGCAGAAGAGGGGCUGCCAGGCCGCCUGACUUUGGGGUUUUUCCCCAGUGGCUGUCUCACGGACUCUGGCCCCCUCUCACACACUAAUUCUGGCUGGCCCCAUGGAACGGGCCCAACUGCCCCCCAGAUGGCCUCACACUCUGCUCUGCUGAGUUUGGAGAAAACAAUAAACCAGAUGCAGGUGGCCGCCUGGCCUCUCUUGCCUGCUUCCUUGGUGUG